UAGCUCGACAGCAGGGAGGACGUGUAGUGAGCCUGGCAAGAUGCUUUACAUGCUACAGAACACACUCAAACUUUCUAUCUACCGGACAUUUCAAGACAUCCUUUGUCCCACAAAUGAAAUGGAAGUGCAUAAUGAUCCGGCAUGUCGCCUGUAGUUAAUACCGAGCCCAGCUUCCAACAUGGUAGAAGAGGUUGUUGUUGAGCUUUAUGGUGUUGUCAUGUCCCCGCAGUGCCGGUAGUGGUGCUGUGAGGAGUCUACCGAAGACUGAACUAAAAAAAAAAAAGAAAGAAAAGAAAAAAAAAAACCCAGCAGCCUAGCACUUCCAAUGUUAGCCGUGGGUAAUAUCUAUUUUAAUGCACUAUUACUCUGUAAUUACUGGCGCACGGCUUCAAAAAGGAAUAUUUUCCGUAACAUAUCGAGUACCGAUGCAUAUCUGGUCCAGCUGAUUAUAUUGGGCAUUUCCACAGUGUACCCGGAGUGAAUACACCGUAGAGCCUGUACUAAUUGAAGCUGAUGUUUUCACGGAAUAGAGUCACGUGAUGUAUGAGGGGAAACACAUACACUUCUCGGAGGUGGACAAUAAGCCUUUGUGCUCAUACAGCCCUAAACUCUGCAAGCAGCGCAGACUCAAUGGAUAUGCCUUCUGCAUACGGCAUGUUUUAGAGGACAAGACUGCUCCCUUUAAACAGUGUGAAUAUGUGGCCAAGUACAACAGCCAGCGAUGCACCAACCCCAUUCCUAAAGCCGAAGACCGCAGAUACUGUAACAGCCACCUGCAAGUGCUGGGCUUCAUCCCCAAGAAGGAGCGUAAGAAAAAACAUGAUGCGCUGGAUUCCGUAGCACUGAACAUCACCGUGCCCUCUCUAGCUCUCAGAGCCUCUAACGGAUUAGAUGGUUUACCUCCGUCUCCGCCCUGUACCCGUCUGCCCCCCCUUGCGCUGUCUGACAUGCACCUGCUUGACCCCUUUGCCUUUUAUGAGGAGGAUGUGGAUGGAGUGGAGAGCACCACACGCAAGAACUCUAUACUUAAGAGGAAGCCUGUUAGUCGGCCAGUGCUCAGUCAGCAAGGCCCACGUCAUGAUGCUGACCUUCCUUCACCCACAUCAGAGCAAUUGACGCAAGUCACAGUGGGCUGCACACUGCCCAGAUCGCCACACCUACCACCACUGACACCAGCAGCACCUGCACCUCCCCCACCCUCCCAGCAUGCUGGUCACGCUUCCUACAUCCAGCAGGGGUCAUCACAGGCUCUGGUAUGUAAGCCAGCACCAGUUCCGACUGGAGCCUCUCUGGUCCCUACCACGCCCCCCUCAGCAGGUCAGCAAUACCGGAAGACCUUCCUCACUGCCCCCAGUCACCCAUCUGCUGGCACUCGGGAGUGCCCACAGAGUCGCACCAUCGCUAUGCGACCCACUGCCUUCACAGCACCUCCUGCCUGCCUGUCAAGGCUACAGCAUCUUGUGCAACUCUGUGCACAAAGACACCGAGAGCAUGGAGACCUCUUCCCUCAUCUUGGACUGGACUGGUCUGAUGAAAGUGCUGAUGAGGAUGAAGAAGCAGAAGAGAGACUUCCUUCAUUGCCUCAGGCCUGGAGACUGCAGGAAGGGAGUCCUCACCACCAUUCCGUUGGUGAGCGUGAGGAGCCUCGGCGGUCUCGUCUGGCUCAGCUCUGUACAUACCUGCAGGAGCGCUACAAGCAUCUCUGUAGGCAAGAGAGAGCUGCCACACGCUAUAGCAGAUACAAAUACGCCUUUAGGAAAGCUCUGCUCCAUGCAGCCAGCAAGGAUCCUGACUGCACAGGAGAACUCAUCCAGCAGCUCAGCAAAACAUCACACACCUCCAGCAGGUGUGCAGUACAACAGGAACUGAGAAAAUCUGUGUGUACUGGUAGCACCAAGGGUCAACCCUGCAGCAACCCAUCUCUGCCUUUUACACGCCACUGCUUCCAACAUAUCCUGCUGAACCGCUCACAGCAGCUCUUCUCCAGCUGCACAGCACGGUUUGCUGAUGGGCAGCAGUGUUCUGUCCCUGUCUUCGACAUCACACACCAGACACCUCUCUGUGAUGAACAUGCCAAGAAAAUGGAUAAUUUCCUCCGUGGGGAUAGUAACAGGCGGGUGCAGCAGCAGAGACGGCCACGUAAAAAGACCAAACCACCAGCGUUGACAAAAAAACACAAGAAAAAGAAGAGGAAAGUAGUGCGGCGUCCCCAGAAACCCAUUCCUCCUGCCCUACCACAGGGCAACCUGCCCAUGCCCCCCACAUUGGCACUGCCCACCCACCAUGCCAGUAUCAGGAGCCCCUCUACACCUGACCUCAGUGCAGAUGAACUUCCUGAUGACAUCACCACUGAUAUAGCAGACAUUCCAAAUGACUUGGAGUUGAAUCAGGAGGACUUUUCUGACGUGCUGCCUAGAUUGCCUGAUGACCUGCAGGACUUUGACCUGUUUGAGGGUAAGAAUGGUGAGUUGCUUCCCACUACAGAAGAGGCAGAGGAGUUGGUUCGCGCACUGCAGGCAAUGGGCUCAUAUCCUGACACGUUGGUUUGUUUAAAUUCCAUGGCUGAACUGGCCCCAGCUGAUGACCAUCGCACCAUGAGCGUCUUCUCUGGCUCUGGGGUUGCGGUGACGGCCAUGGGCGACCUCCUAAAUGGCCGAAUAGCAUCAGACAAUUUCUCAAGUCUGGAGCUGGAGGACAAUCUCCUCCAUCACUCAACAGAUGAGCACUUCCCUCCAUCCCUGUCAGCUCAACCACCACCAACCACUGCCUCAGCACCUUCUGCUGGCUCGAACUGUACACUCAAUGAGCGAACGUUCCCUCACUCGGCUCUCUCUAAACCCGAGCCUGCGCUGCCGUCCUCUCCUCCAGGCAGCCAUUACAGCAGUGACCACGUGCCGUCUCCUUACAGUGACCAUAUCUCUUCCCCACACUCUGCCUCCUACCAGACUGAGCCUCCUCUCCUACUGGAGGUGCCUCUCAGUGGAUUACCAGGCGCUCCUCGCUCCUCCUGGAGCAACCUCGCCCUCUCCCUCACGGAACCAAUGCAGUUUGGGAACCUCUUGACACAGGACCCUCAUCUCCUCUCCACCUCUCUGUCUACUCCUCCCUCCAUUACACACCCACCCUCUGCUCCCUCCUCCUCUCCUCCAAAUUCCCCUCGUGACUUGCUCAGUACUAGCCAGCCCAAACUUCAGCUCCCACAAUUCAGCGCGGCCUUCGGUCAUCAGCUUGCCUCUCACAGCGGCAUCCCGAAAGACGUACAGCCCAGCCACAGUUCCACGGCGCCCCCUACGGGAUUCACAAGUGCUGGUGCCACUGCUGCAGGUGCCAACAGUGCUGCACCUACUUUCCAGCAGAGCAAAUGAAAGGAAAUGCAGCCAUGUCCACACACCCACAUCUUAGCCUUUUUCAGGGUUCUGUUAAAGCAGUUGAAGGGGAGGGGAUAUCAUGAUGUUUUCUUGUUGUGCUCAGUUUGUGUUAACCCAGAACAGCCGGUCCCUAUAUUACUGCCUCUCCCGUAUCCUCAUAUCAUUCACUGACCCCUCCGUCAAGGCUUUGUUAAGCAGACAGCAGUAGAAGUGUCUGUGCACAUUUUAUAUUUAAAAAAAAAAAAAAAAUCAGUGAGGGUGUCGACACCACCAAGAAUAUCCACCAAACAGCUUUUAUCCAGAAGAUUUUAUCUUGCACUGUACAUAUUAAACCUUUUAUGCAGACACUCAGAUAAAGCUUACUCAGUGGACCUAUCCUGGGCUGUAAACUUUCCUGUUCAGAGACCUCACAGGCACCUGAAGGUUAAAAAAAAAAACCUGGUUACUCAAAGCAAUAAAGCACAUCAGCAUAUUCUAUCAUGACAGUAUUUUUAAACCAUGUGUCAGUUUCAGUUGUGUACCUCAGAGCAGCCAGACUGCAUGAUCACUGAGGGGAUUCUGUCAUUUAAAACUGAGAACUCUUCUGCUUAAGCCAGAGCUAGACUGCGUUAUUCUCAUUUUACAAAACACCAACAUAACUCAUACACAAAACAAAUAGCUUUUAUGAUGGAAGAAUUAAAAAAAUAUAUAUAAUAUAUAUAUAUAUAUACUGACUUUUCACCAAAUAUAAGGAUUCCGAAUGUUCCUGUUUUAUGGUGCUUAUUAAAGUUUAGAAUAAAAUGGCUUAGUGAGGUUCUCUUUCAAACAGAGCAGCCUUUUAAUAGGGGGUAGACGUGAGUACCGCAUGACUGACUGGUCAUUAAAUUACCCUAUAUUUGCUGUGCUGGGACCUUUGGUGCAAUUUCUAUGGAGCAGGACUGUUCACACACACUUCUUCUCAAACUUCCACAGUAAACCAGGUUUAAACUCCAUGUUAGACUGGCUGCACAGCCUGUGGCAAUGUCUUUAUCAUUCAGACUCUUCCCCCUGAGAGGCAGCAACCGUCACUUAAUCCUGGCCUGUUUUUUUACACACUGUCGGGUCUGACAGAAUAUCACAUAUAUUGUCAUUUGUAACAUAUUUAUAGAGUAGUAAUUGAAUCUGGAAGUAAUUUGGGUUUUAUUGGUGAGUUUAACUGAGUGGCAGUGAAGUGACUACGAAAUUAUUUGGAGGAGACGAGGCGGGGUUCUAGUUUUGUGGUGUACCUGUCGUUAGUUUUAAUGGCUAUCAAAAUUCUAGUGAUCUUUCCAUUUGAAUGAAUGUCGUGUGUUUUCUUGUCAUUUAUUUGGGCAAAAAGACUGAUCAUUCUCAACAGUAUUUUUGAUAGCUAUUAAAAUCCAGCUAGCAGUAAUAGUGGAAAGUUUGGUGUUUGCAUGAAUACAACCACAAUUGACCCAUAUUGUGAAUUAACAUGGAAGCUUGUGUCCAAAGAGAACAAUUCAUAGAAAUGCCAUUGUGAUGGGCAUACCGAUUUUUUUUUUAAACGAAUCAAUGAAAGCUUACUAUGAUUUUGAUUUUAACUCCCAUGGAUCAGUUUAAAAGUGUGCACGAUCAUGCUCUAUCAGUGACUUUCAUCUUAAUUUUUUUUUUUAAAUCAAGGCCGUAAACAGGAGUAUUACCUUUUUUAGUUUUUUCCCCUUCCAAUAAUGAAUGGAUUGUUUUAAGAAAUAGAAUAUUUUCCAGUACCAUACCAUCAUGUCAUAUCCCUGCAGCUUACAGAACCCCAGAUGUAAGUUGCAUUGAGAUUUUACUGCACAGUCAACUUGAUUCAACUCUUGAAAGCAAGCCAUCUUCAGGGCUCCGCUGGCACUUGAAACCGCUUAAAAGCUGAACAAUGGCUGACAAAUUCCUAUACUCAGUGAAUGUACUGUAUAACUGUUUUUAAAUGAUAGGAUGAGCUAAUAAUCUAGUCACCUUUUGUUAUUGGUCCUUGUUUAAUGUUUAAGGUAUUUUUUGUAUACAAAAGUUUACAUUUUUAUGUAUAUUUUUCUUGUAUAAAAUGUAAUAUGUGUAUAAACAUUGUAUGUAAUACCUGUAUAUAGCGUGAGAAUUUGUUUUUUUGAUGUACGAAUAAAACUUGCUGUGCUGAA